ACGGAUCGCGCUUGCCUCCAUCGCAACUCGCACACGCUCGCCACUCUCCUCGCCGCCGCCGCCGCCGCCGCCUUCGCCGCGGUCUCCGCCGCUGCCCGCCCCGUCUCCAGAAAUGGACGCGCUGUCCGCGCAGCCGGCGUGGGCGCUGGCGCUGGCCGGGGUGGGCCUCAUGGUGGCCGCGACCGCCUCGGCGCGCCUCGCGCGGUGGCUCUACGCGGCGUUCCUCCGCCCGGGGAAGCCCCUGCGCCGCCGGUACGGCGAGUGGGCGGUCGUCACGGGCGCCACGGACGGCAUCGGCCGCGCGCUCGCGUUCCGCUUCGCGGGCGCCGGGAUGAGCCUCGUGCUCGUGGGCCGCAGCCCCGACAAGCUGGCCGCGGUCUCCGGGGAGAUCAGGGGGAAGCACCCCAGGGCCGAGGUCCGCACCUUCGUGCUCGACUUCGCCGCCGAGGGCCUCGCCGCCAAGGUGGCCGCGCUCGGGGACUCCAUCCGCGGGCUCGACGUCGGCGUGCUCGUCAACAGCGCCGGCAUGUCGUACCCGUACGCGCGCUACUUCCACGAGGUGGACGAGGAGCUGAUGCGCAACCUCAUCCGCCUCAACGUCGAGGCGCUCACCCGGGUCACCCACGCCGUGCUCCCAGGCAUGGUGGAGCGCAAGCGCGGCGCCAUCGUCAACAUCGGCUCCGGCGCCUCCUCCAUCCUGCCGUCCUACCCGCUCUACAGCGUCUACGCCGCCACCAAGGCGUAUGUUGAUCAAUUCUCGAGAUGCCUCUAUGUUGAGUACAAGAACAAAGGCAUCGAUGUGCAAUGCCAGGUACCCCUGUACGCGGCGACGAAGAUGGCGUCCAUCAAGAAGGCGUCCUUCUUCGCGCCGUCGCCGGAGACGUACGCCCGCGCCGCCGUGCGCUACAUCGGGUACGAGCCGAGGUGCACGCCCUACUGGCCGCACGCGGUGCUGUGGUUCCUCAUCUCCGCGUUCCCGGAGCCCAUCGUGGACAGGCUCCUCCUCAACAUGUCCGUCGGCAUCCGCAAGAGGGGCAUGGCCAAGGACGCCAGGAAGAAGACGCAGUGACGAACCAGCACCAAAGAAUCUGAGCGAUAGUACUCUCUACUUCUUCUCCUCUGCAGCUUCCGAAACAUUGGGCGUUUGAUUUACCCCGUAUCUCUGGAUUAGUUCUUCUCAUGAGUAAGGUGAUGAUGAGCUGAUGGUUAAACAGUGUGUCUGGUUUGAUGUACUAAGAUUGAAGAGUUUAAGACCAUGUGACACGAACUCGAUCUGGCCUGGUUAAUAAAGCGCGGGAAAAAGGCUUUGCCUUCUGCUAAUAUAGAGCAA